UCUACGCAUGCGUUGACAACUAUCAACUUCCGGCACGUUGGCUUACAGAAAAAUGGCAGAUUCGGAUGACAGAAGCACAAUAUUACCCGUAGUUGUUGAUUUCAUUAAACGAAAAUGCAAAGAAUUUGUACCACUUUUGAACCACUCCACAAAGUUCAAGACAGUGAAGACAGAUGGCAGUCCAAAGUUGGAAGAACUGUAUGCUCACUGGAAGAGUGAGGGUGUGAAGAGGAAGAUUCCAGCUGGUGACACUCCUACAAGUGCUAAAAAGGCAAAGAAAGAUGAAUCAAGUAGUAGUAGUAGCAGCUCAGAAAGUGAAGAUGAAGAGCAGAAAAAAACUGUAAAAAACGCAACCCCCACAAAACAAGCAGGGCAGAAAGGGCCUGCAAAAUCACCUGCAGAGCCGAUCAAACGUCUUCACCAGUCCAGCUCCAGCGAUUCAUCCUCUUCAGACAGCGACACUGCCAAACCCCCACCCAAGAAACAAGCAACAGCUGCCAAGCCGCAGCCAAAGAAGGCAGAAUCUAGCUCUGACAGUAGCAGUGAGUCCAGUGAUGAUGAAAAGACAAAGAAACCAGUCCCUGCUAAAGCAGCUAAGCAAACGCCUGUUAAGAAAGCAGGAAGUUCUAGUUCCAGUGAGAGCUCAGACUCAUCUGAUGAUGAAAAGCCAGCAACAAAAAAAACUGUCCCGUCUGUUAAAAAGGCUGUAACACCUGCCAAAGCUAACAAAGGUGCAGAAUCAAGUGGAACAUCUGAUUCUGAUGCUGAUUCUGAAAGUACAGAUGAUGAGAAAGCUUCUGGUAAGAAAAAAGUACUGACCAAGAAAGUUGCAACCCUGGGAAAGACCUACAAUAAUGUUCCGCCUCCAGCAGAAAAAUCUACUCCUGCCAAAACUGCUGCAAAGAAAGAUUCUAGUAGCAGCAGCAGUGAUGAUAGCUCGAGUGAAGAUGAAUCUGCCAAGAAAAAAACUCCAGUUUCUAAGGCAACACCUGCGAAAACAGUUGCAAAGAAAGAUAGCAGUAGCAGUGAUAGUUCAAGUGAAGAUGAAAAACCUACUGGCAAACCUACUCAGUUGAAUUCAUCUGUAAAAACUCCAGUUGCUAAAGUUCCUCCAGCAAAAGCAGCUACAAAGAAAGAUAGUAGUAGUAGUAGUGAUUCUAGCUCCAGUGAAGAUGAUGCUCCAAAGAAAACGCAAACUAAGUCUGUAAGCCCAAAAAAGCCUCAAAUAGCUGGGAUGAAGAAAGACAGCAGCAGCAGUAGUGACUCCAGUUCUGAAGAUGAAGCCCCGAAAGCAAAAACCAUUCCUCAGUCUCCAGCCCCUGCAAAAGCUGCAGUUAAAAAAGCAGAGAGUAGUAGCAGUGAUUCAAGCUCAAGUGAAGAUGAAGCCCCUGCUAAGGUGGUCAAACAAACACCAAAAGCUCAACCAGUUAAACCAGCUGCAAAGCAAGCAGACAGUAGUAGUAGCAGUGAUUCUAGUUCUAGUGAAGAUGAAGCCCCAGCAGUCAAAAAACCUGUGACUCCUGCAAAAGUUGCUGUGAAAACACCACCUGCAAAACAAUCUAAACCUGCUGAUAGCAGUUCAAGUUCAGAGGAAAGUUCAGAAGAUGAGAAGACUACAAAACAGCCAGCCAAAGCUGUUACACCUAAACUGGUGCAGCCAGUAAAACAAAGGCAGGUGGCUCUAGUUCUAGUAGCUCUGACUCCUCCAGUGAAGAUGAAGCACCUAAGAAAGUCAAAGCCAGUUCCUGUGAAGAAAACACCAAAGAAAUCAAGUUCAAGCAGUUCAGAUUCCAGUUCAGAAGAUGAUGAAAAACCAUCAAAGCCAGUGACACCCAAAGUAGCUGGAAAACCUGUGACACAGAAGGUUCCUGCCAAAACUGAUGCAAAAGAUUCCAGUUCCGGCAGUUCAGAUUCAAGUUCAGAUGAUGACGCACCAAAUAGUAAAGCCCAAGCUGUAAAGGGUACACCACAAGCUGCUGUUAAACCAGUUACUCCAAAACUGGUAGCAAAAGACUCCAGUUCCAGUAGUUCAGAGUCGAGCUCAGAGGAUGAAGCACCUAAGAAGACAGCACAACCUGUAACUCCUAAAGCUGCAGCUAAACCAGUUACUCCCAAAGCAACAGCUAAAGAUGCUAGUUCAAGUAGUUCUGAUUCAAGUUCCGAGGAUGAAGCCCCAAAGAAAGCUGUACCAGCAAAAGCAGCAACUCCUAAAGUAGCUUCCAAACCAGCAACUCCUCAAACAACAGGAAAAGAUUCAAGCUCCAGUUCUGAAUCAAGUUCCGAAGAUGAAGCCCCUAAAAAAGGAACACAAGCAAAAGCACCAACUCCAAAAAGUGCAGCGAAACCAGUUACUCCAAAAACAACAGCAAAUGAUUCUAGUUCUAGUUCUGAAUCAAGUUCGGAAGAUGAAGCCCUAAAAAAGUAACACCAGCCAAAGUGGGAACUCCUAAAGUUCCUCUAAACCGUCACUCCUAAAGCCGCAGCAAAGGAUUCCAGUUCAGGUAGUUCUGAAUCAAGUUCUGAUGAGGAAGCCCCUAAGAAGGCAGCACCAGUGAAAGCAGGAACUCCUAAAGCUGUUGCAAAGCCUGUCACUCCAAAAGCAACAGCAAAAGAUUCAAGCUCUAGCAGUUCUGAUUCAAGUUCAGAGGAUGAAACAGCUAAAAACACUGCAACAGUGAAGCAGUUACCCCCACAAACUAAGAAACAGUCUGCUAAAGAGUCAAGCUCAAGCAGUUCUGAUUCCAGUUCAGAAGAUGAAGAGCCUAAGAAAGGUACACCUAAAUCUGUCAGUAAAACAAAAACCCCAGUGUCUCAAAAUAAAAGUGCAAAAGCUGUAACUCCUAAAUCACAAAACAAAAAAGACUCUAGCAGUAGUGACUCGGACUCUAGUUCAGAAUCAGAAAGUGAAAAAGCAAAGACAGUUAAUACCUCUAAGGUAAAUAAAUCACAAAAUGUUUCAAACAAAUCACAAAAUAAAUCGGACUCUAGUUCAGACAGUGAUUCCUCAGACUCAGAUAGUGAUAAGACUAAACCAGUGUCUAAAUCCCCAGGUUUAACACCAGUAGGAGGUAAAACGAAAGCAGGGAAACAGAACGGUCCUGUAACAUCGACGCCAUAUCCAAAAAUGAACGGGAAUGCAGCAGAGGGAUCAGAUGAUUCAGGUGUAAGCUCUGGUUCACAUGAAGUAACCUCUAACAACAAAAACAACAGUCAGAACAACAGUAAAAAUCAGAGAAGACGGAGCAGUCCAUUUAGACGAGUGAAGGAGGACAAAAUUAUGGUAGAUGAACGCUUGAAGGACAAUUCAUUUAAUGCAAAGAGCGGAGCACGAGGAUCGUGGGGUGAGAAAGCCAACAAAGACCUCAUUGUUACAAAGGGUAAAUCGUUCAGGCACGAGAAAACCAAGAAAAAACGUGGCAGUUAUAGAGGUGGAGCAAUUGAUACAAGCAAUGUACAUUCUAUAAAAUUUGAUGAUUAGAGGAUGUUGGUUACAUGACGAAAAAUUAUUAUAUAUAUUGAAAAAUCUGAAGUAUUACUACUGUACCUUAUUGUAACAAUAUUUUCUAUAUGUAGAUAAUGUGUCGAGUCUGUGUAGAUGGUUCGUGAUGCUGUUCGUCAUUAUCUGUUGCAAGAAACCCAAAAUUAUAAUUUUUGAAUAUGUUGUGGUAUUAUGAUUUAGACUUUUGGUGCUACUGUUCCAGUUUCUGUUAAUUAAGCUUUGUUACAAAAUAAUUACAUGUAUGAUAGAUAUAUAUAUAUUUAAUACUGAGAUUUCAUAAAAGAAAAAAAAUAGAGAAGGGCAAGUUAAUUGGUCUUCCUGCUUCUCUGUUCAGAUAUCUAACAGACAUGUUCUUUGCUAGUUCUAACUACUAUAACUUAAAGCUAUUUUUGUUCAGUUGGUUAUGUCCAUUAAGUUAUGACACAACCUGUUUUGAUUACUAAGUCAGCAUCUUAUUGCAACAAUAUCGUUCAUUUAUUGGAUAGAAUGUGGUUAAAUGAAUAUCAACAUCUUAUAUUUAUGAAUUUAAUUAAUUUUAGAUAUCAUUUUAUAAAAAGUUAACCAUAGAAAGUCUUCAUUCACGCAAACCACCAAACAACAAUUCUUUCACACCAGAUUGUUUCCUAGCCUGGAGUAUCAUGAUCUGUACAGGUGGACAAAGUAUGGCAGACAAACGUACCUACCUGUAAUUUCUCUUUAGAACUUGUCAUAAUAUUAUGUUGCAUGAUAGAUCAAAAGAAAAUCUGGAUUAAAAGCAUUCUACAUAUUAAAGUAAAAUGUUAGUCCAUAGGCCCAUAGCAUUUGAAUUGACGAAAUUGCAGCAUGACAAAUUUCUGACAUGAUUCUAGGUUAGGUAUUGAUAUGAAGUAUAUCAGCUCAUAAAUCCGAAAUAGUACAUGUAUAAUAAAUGUCUCUGAAGCUGGUUGUUUUUAGAGAGAGAAAAAUGCAUAAACUUGUUUGAAAUGGUCAUUGAUCCAGGAUUUUGCUUUAAAGUCUGAGGUUUCUUUUCAGGAUUGUAAUAUCUUCCCCUUUUUGCAGCAGUAGUUCCCAAUUAAAUAUGGAGGCUCAGAUAACUGGCAGAAGACUUAGUGGUGUUGCAUUCUAAGAAUUUCUUUAAAAAAUGGUUAUUUAUUAUAUUGUAUUGUAAUUGUUGACAACUGCUCAGCAUAAAUAUAUUUUAAGAAAUACCACGUUUCUCUUUCUGAAUUAUGUAAUAAUUGUAAAUAUAAAUGAAGCAUGUGAGAUAAAGAUUUUUUGCCUCGAAAAAUAUACUAAAAGACCAGUAGAAAUGUUGUAGUUUUAUACUGGUCUGAGGACUUCUGUUGUAAAGAAGAAAGUACUUAAUAUUCAGUUUUAAAUCUAUACACAUAACAGUUACAAUCAUUCUGCUCAAGUUCAUUGUUGUAAUUUACAAUUGAGACAGGAAAAAAUUGUUUUCAUGGCAAAUCCAGAGUGAAAUUGACGAAAGCUGAAACUCGCAUUUUGUUAUUUUCAUUAGUAAAUGUAUGUAUUCAUAAUAUCACUCCCUGAUGGCAUACAUUUGUAAUGGAGUUUGUGUGUUACUAUGUUUAAAGGAUAUGCCAUCCAGUUUGCAUACCAUAUUUGCAUUUUUAGCUCACCUGUCACAAAGUGACAAGGUGAGCUUUUGUGAUCGCGUGGCGUCCGUCGUCCGUCCGUGCGUGCGUGCGUGCGUAAACUUUUGCUUGUGACCACUCUAGAGGUCACAUUUUUCAUGGGAUCUUUAUGAAAGUUUGUCAGAAUGUUCAUCUUGAUGAUAUCUAGGUCAAGUUCGAAACUGGGUCACAUGCGGUCAAAAACUAGGUCAGUAGGUCUAAAAAUAGAAAAACCUUGUGACCUCUCUAGAGGCCAUAUUUUUCAUGAGAUCUUCAUGAAAAUUGGUCAGAAUGUUCACCUUGAUGAUAUCUAGGUCAAGUUCGAAACUGGGUCACGUGGGGUCAAAAACUAGGUCAGUAGGUCUAAAAAUAGAAAAACCUUGUGACCUCUCUAGAGGCCAUCUUUCUCAAUGGAUUUUCAUGAAAAUUGGUCAGAAUGUUCACCUUGAUGAUAUCUAGGUCAAGUUCGAAACUGGGUCACGUGGGGUCAAAAACUAGGUCAGUAGGUCUAAAAAUAGAAAAACCUUGUGACCUCUCUAGAGGCCAUAUUUCUCAAGAGAUCUUCAUGAAAAUUGGUCAGAAUGUUCUUCUUGAUGAUAUCUAGGUCAAGUUUGAAACUGGGUCACGUGCGGUCAAAAACUAGGUCUGUAGGUCUGAAAAUAGAAAAACUUUGUGACCUCUCUAGAGGCCAUAUUUUUCAUAGGAUCUGUAUGAAAAUUAGUCAGAAUGUUCAUCUUGAUGAUAUCUAGGUCAAGUUCGAAACUGGUUCACGUGCGGUCAAUAACUAGGUCAGUAGAUCUAAAAAUAGAAAAACCUUGUGACCUCUCUAGAGGCCAUAUUUUUCAAGAGAUCUUCAUGAAAAUUGGUCAGAAUGUUCACCUUGAUGAUAUCUAGGUCAAGUUCGAAACUGGGUCACGUGCGGUCAAAAACUAGGUCAGUAGGUCUAAAAAUAGAAAAAACCUUUUGACGUCUCUAGAGACCAUAUUUCUCAAUGGAUCUUCAUGAAAAUUGGUGAGAAUGUUCAGCUUGAUGAUACCUAGGUCAGGUUCGUAACUGGGUCAUGUGCGGUCAAAAACUAGGUCAGUAGGUCUAAAAAUAGAAAAACCUUGUGACCUCUCUAGAGGCCAUAUUUUUCAUGAGAUCUUCAGGAAAAUUGGUGAGAAUGUUCACCUUGAUGAUAUCUAGGUAAAGUUCAAAAGUGGGUCGCGUGCCUUCAAAAACUAGGUCAUUAGGUCAAAUAAUAGAAAAACCUUGUGACCUCCCUAGAGGUCAUAUCUUUCAAUGGAUCUUCAUGAAAAUUGGUCAGAAUUUUUUAUCUUGAUGAUAUCUAGGUCACUGUGUCAAAUAAUAGAAAUAACGACGUCAUACUCAGUUCAACACUAGGUCAUGUGGGGAUAGGUGAGCGAUUCAGGACCAUCAUGGUCCUCUUGUUUAUAUGAAUAUAUGCAGAAAAAGGUACACCAGAUUUUGUUCUUACAGAAGUUGUUUAGAAGUUUAAAAUAUAAAUUGUUCCAAUGGGUAAGUUAUUCUCUAACAUGCUCACGUUGAAAUAAUUUGCACCCAGAGGUGAAGGUGUCCAGUCAUGAAAUAAGGUGUAUUAGGCUAACUAUGUCACCCACCACACAGUGGUGUGGGAGACAUAUUGAUUUACUCCAGUCUGUCUGUCACAAAGCUUGUCCGCACUCUUAAGUCGAACAUUUUCCUUCCGAUCUUCACCAAACUUCAACAAAAUGUGUCUGCCAAUAAGUGCUCGGCCAAGUUCGAUAACUAGCCAAAUCGGCCUAGGCACUUGGGAAUUUUGGCCCUUGAAUUACCAAAAAUGGAUCCAUUCGUCUAGACCAUCCAGAGAAACUAGUCAUUUUUCAUUGUUACAAAGCUUGUCCACACAAAGUCGAACAUUUCUCAUUGGAUCUUCACCAAACUUGAACAAAAUGUGUUUGACUAUAAGACCUCGGCCAAGUUCGAUAAAUAGCCAAAUCCGCUUAGGCACUUUCGAUUUAUGGCCCUUGAAUUACUGGUUGGAUCCAUUCGUCUAGACCAUCCAGAGAAACUAGUCAUUUUUCAUUGGGCAGUUGCGGGAGACAUGCGCUUUUCUCAAAAGCAUCUCUAGUUAAUCAUUGUUUCAGCAAAACUGUAUAUUCAUUCUUUAAAUGCAAAAAUUUAGGAGCUUUUGUUUCUCUUAGACAAAGAAUUUAGAUACAGAUAAAAUUUAUUAGGAAUGUGUUAAAAUGGAAAACUUUGGGAGUGUUUGGCAAUGAAUGCACAAAAUUAUGUUACUGGAACAUUAAAGUGACCUCUUGCCAUCUGUUACAAAUAUUGCAGAAAUUAGAAUCACUGUAGAUUAACUUGGUUUGUUUGGAAAUCAGCAUGUAAAAUGUUCAGUUUGAUUCUGAUAAAAUCAUUGUCAUUGAUCACAUUGUGUGUAGAUUGUUACAAAGCAUUGAUCAUGUUUUACUUUCAUCAGUUUGUUCUACUGUGCUUGAACAAAGCUGUAUGUUUGUAGUAAUACAUGUACAUUUCAAUCCAUAAGACUUCCUUCGAAAAAGGGUUUUGUUUUUUUUGAAGUGAUGAGUAAUGAAACAAGUUAAUAAAGUAAUGUUUGGCAUUUUUUGUUUUGAACAGUUUCAAAGAUGAAUUAUAUGUUUGAAAGAGUUUGUACCGAGAUAUUUUUGCAAGACAUACAUUGGUAAAGGAAUUUAAAAGGAAUAAAAGAACUUUCAACAUGA